AUGUCGACAUCAGCUCGCCGUCGUCUUAUGCGAGACUUCAAGCGCAUGCAAACGGAUCCCCCCGCGGGUGUCUCGGCCUCGCCGGUAGCUGACAAUGUUAUGACCUGGAAUGCCGUCAUUAUAGGCCCUGCAGACACGCCAUUCGAAGAUGGCACUUUCCGCCUGGUGAUGAACUUUGAGGAACAAUACCCCAACAAGCCUCCUGGUGUCAAGUUCAUCAGUCAAAUGUUUCACCCUAAUGUUUAUGGUACUGGUGAACUCUGCCUGGACAUUCUCCAGAACCGCUGGAGUCCAACAUAUGACGUGGCGGCCAUUUUGACAAGUAUCCAGAGUUUGCUUAAUGACCCCAACACCUCUUCCCCAGCCAAUGUCGAAGCCUCGAACCUCUACAAGGACAACCGCAAAGAAUACAUUAAACGUGUCCGGGAGACCGUCGAGAAGAGCUGGGAUGAUUGA